AGGAGUGUUUGUUUUCCUGCUUCACUCACACAUUCCGAUCCGACGUAAGAAUGUCAAUUAUUAUUUAAUAAUAUUUUCAAACAAACUAAAAUGGUUCAAGUUUCGUGUUAUUUCGCAAAUAAAAGAACGAAAUAAAAUAUAAGAAUGGCCGACAGCCAAUCUCGUGUUGGGAAAAAUGAACUGAGCGCAUUACUUAAGGAGCAACGCCAACUAAAAGCGGCUGAAACGAAGCUAAAGUCAAUGAUCGACAAAAUCAAUGGCCAUCUGAAUCAGUUGUUGGUGGAGGAACUGCAGCUCAAAUCAAGAGAACUGGGCCAUGAAUAUCCUUCGAGUAAUAGCCAGCCCAGCGUAAAUAGCAUCAAGACUGAAUCGAUCGUUCUUCCUUCCGAACAAAUUAAUCAGCAGGAAUUAAACCUGAAUAUUCAACAUACCAAACUAAUGAAAUCCCUCGAAGAAAGCGAAGAAGAGGAUGAGUAAGGAUGAUGAUAUAAAAAGUAAAAAUUAAUAAACAACGUACGAAUGUA